AUGGAUUUUUUGGAAGUCUGCAGUUUCGGUGAUUUGGAACAAGCAAAAGCAAUGCUGGAGAAUGGGAAAAUAGAUAGAAGUUUUCAACAUCAUGGUAACGGAUGGACCGCUCUUCAUUGGGCAGCACGACGUAAUCAUCAAGAGAUUGUUGGUCUACUUUUACGUGCUGGUUUUGAUCCAGAAACGCCUGCGAAAGAUGGAAAAACACCCCUGGAUCUAGUAACUAGCGAGGCUGUGAAAGAAAUUUUUAAGCAAUCUGUUAAUAUUAAGACAAAUCAAAAAGAUACCCACACAGUUCUGGUAAGUCAUGAAAUGAACUCUAACGGGAAGUUCAGUUCCUUGCACGACACUCGUUUUCUUCUUGUUCGAACAAGUAUUGCGGACGGGAAAGAAUGUUUCAAACGUGUUGCCCUUCCUGGAUGCGUCUCCAUUAAUGCUCUAAAAUUGACAAUUGAAAGAGCGAUGAAAAAAGGAGAAGUUUUGGAAGUAAUCACAUUACCAGAUAAGGUGAAAAUAGAGACGGAGGAGCAGAUUAGGGAUUUGACGAAUCAUCAGAAAGUGGAAGUUCUUUUUAAUUCGGCUGUAAUGAACGAGGAAAAGAAUUGUGUACAAAAAUUAUCACCGCAUGAAGAUAAAGUUGUGCACUCAGAAUGUGCACCUAAAUUUGUCAGUGUAAUUAACAAAUAUUUAAAUGAAUCGGCAUCUUAUGGAAGAUCCGUCGAUAAUAUUAUAUCACUUAGCGACACUGGUAACUCUAAUGAUGUUGAUAAUUCUUUCAGCGGGAUGAAGGGUUCAGAUCCAAUCUCUAAUGAGCAGAUGAUGAAUAUGAAAAUUUCUGAAGUAGCAGUAACAUCCGAAUGUUUUUUAACUAAUCAUUCGUUCAGUUCUAAUACUAACAUUACGAUCCCACCUAAAAUAUUGGUAGAAGAGAUGAUUCAACUGCAAAUGAUUAGUUCACGGCAGAGUGAUGAUGAAAUUGAUUUGGAUAAAUCUGUACAGAUAUCAAAAUCAGAAACAAAGAACGAUUGUAAGUUAGCAGAAUCCGGAAGCGAGAUAGGAACGGAAUCUUCAGUCUUGUCUCUGUCACCGGAAGUCGAUGUAAAUAACAGCACUGUUUGCUAUAUUACAGAAUCCAAUUGUUUUGCUGCUGUUCAGGAAGAAUGGGACAAAAUUAUUGUCCAGGAUCUUUCACGUAAACGAACGCUUCAAAUAACAUUGGUUAUCGGUUGUAUUGUUGGUUUUGGUGGUUUAACGUAUAUACUUUACAAAAAGUGGAAAAGCUGA